GUUGGCAGGCAUUAGCUCACCGCUUCCAGUCACCUUUUAGCAGCGCGAACAAAUGUUUUCCCAGUUUAAAGAGGCGCUGCUUCGGGGACAGCUGCUGGGGGCUGCUGCUCCUCUUCUCUCGGAACUUCAGGGCCAAACUAAAUCCCUUCCUCUGCAUUUCUAGGACUCCUAGCGCGCGGGGAAUAAUGUGGCUUUGCUAAAGUUUGUGUUUACUGAUGUUGCGGUGGCUAACUGGUUAGCUUGGUUAGCUUGUUAGCGCGAACGUUGCGAGCGUUUCAGAAGUGACUCCAGCAGCCGCGCUAGCUGGAAUAGAAGUUUGUUUAUGACGCAGACACGGUUCGUUGUUUGAGUUUAGGAAAGACUGAAACUGUCUGGGGAAAUCUUCACUGGAUCCCUGCGGUACAGACCCGGAUGUUAAACCAGGCUCGGAGCGGUCUACCUGCCACCUGCCUCCAUCCGUUCCAGACCUAGUUCGUCGCCCCGGUCCGCGAUGAGCCGCCUGCUCAUCCAGUAAGGAUCCGUAGAAAAAGAGGGAGAGCAGAGCUCCGGCCAUGGGGGGAUGUGUGGGGAGAUACUUGGACGACUCGCAGAAUCGAGGCUCGUCCAGGAACGGGGGACGAGGAGGACGCAACGAGCCGUUGAAAAAAGACCGCCCCAAGUGGAAGAGCGACUACCCGAUGACGGAGGGCCAGCUGCGCAGCAAGCGAGACGAGUUCUGGGACACGGCGCCGGCCUUCGAGGGCCGGAAGGAGAUCUGGGACGCCCUGAAAGCGGCCGCCGUGGCCCUGGAGUGCAAUGACCACGAGCUGGCCCAGGCUAUAGUGGACGGGGCUAGCAUCACACUGCCGCACGGGACUCUGACUGAAUGUUAUGAUGAGCUGGGGAACCGCUACCAGCUUCCCGUCUACUGCCUAGCGCCCCCCGUCAACCUCAUCUCAGAGUGCAGCGAUGAGGACCCCAGUGACAGCCCUCAGCCCCCAGCAGCUUCCAAAAAGGAGUUCCAGCUCAAGGUACGGCUCUCCACGGGGAAGGAUGUGCGGCUCAGCGCCAGCAUGGCCGACACCAUCGGGCAGCUGAAGAAGCAGCUCCAGACCCAGGAGGACAUCGACGUGCUCCACCAGCGCUGGUUCUUCUCCGGAAAGCUGCUGACGGACAAGACGCGGCUGCAGGACACCAAGAUCCAGAAGGACUUCAUCAUUCAGGUCAUCGUGAACGCGCAGGCGCUAGGAGGGCCCAAACCGGCACCCACUGCCCCCGCAACGGCGUCCGAGUGACGCCGUCCUCCUGCAGAGAAACUGAAUUUUAGACUCGAAACGAAAAAGAAAAGAGGGAAUAAAUGAAAAGUGCUGCUUAAUUUCAUUUAACGUAGAAACUGGGUUUUUAUUCACUCUGGAGGAAGAAAGUCUGAGAUGGUCGCCAUGUUUUUAGCUCCUCAUGCUGGUUUUUCCUGCUUCACUGAGAGGAUGAAAGGCCCAGAUCGGUGGGGUUUAUGUUGGACGUGAAGCGAGUCUUGUCUCCGACACUUUGAUGGAGCAGAUGAUGCAAGUUUUUUUUUUAUUUUUUAUUCUUUUACUUAGGAAAUACUAACUGAGCUGUUUUGCACAAUGAAGGGUUCUUCCUCUUCUUCUGCAGUUGAUUGUGUGCCUUCUACCAGAUAAAGAGAUUCGCCUUCAUCGGCUCAAACCCUGUGUAUUUUUCUAGAUUCAAAUCCACCAUCGGUCACUGCUGCCUUUUAUUACGCUGUCUUUUUAUAUCCAUUUCACCUUCUUGAGGGUUUCUUGGAGCUGCCUUACUGCUUAAUGACCACUAGGGGGAGCCACACUGCCCUUUUUCACGCAGUCGUUUUCCCGUCCCUCCGGCUGAUGAUUGUAGUUAGUCAGCCCGUUAAUCACCAGCAAACCGAGGAGCGGCUGUGGAGCUGUGAUCCCACAUCCAGAUUCUGGGUUUUAUUUGAAUGGAUGCUGCAGAACCUGCCCCCGCCCCUAGAGGGAGCAGCUUCUUUAAGUGUUUUAUCAUUGAAAUGAUGAGUUUAGAAUCAUUUUCAUGAUCUGAUCAGACACUCAGCAAGGUCUAUUACUACCAACACUGAUUUGCUAAUAAUGACCUGUUUUUUUUAAAAGGAUUUACUCAGAAUAUCAAAGAAAAUCAUGCUGUCGGUUAAAGGAAAACAAACCAUCCCUGACUCAUUUCUUUGAAGUUUAGCUUCCUCAGCUUUGCCACUGAUGCAGUGGAUGCAGACGGUCGUACCUGUAAACAGUCAGUUUGGCUCUCAACCCCUGUUUGCCUU